AUGGCUCGCUCCGCCAUGCCCAAGGUAUCUUGGGAUAGACAUCUCCUACGUUCGGUGCAGAGCGCGCCUCCUGCGACUCUACCAGUCUUCAUCUACGGCACUGCAUGGAAGAAAGAUCGAACAACAGAUCUAGUGUAUCAGGCUCUCAACGCUGGCUUCCGGGCCGUAGACACUGCGGCCCAGCCGAAGCAUUACCGGGAAGAUUUGGUAGGCGAGGGCAUACGCAGGGCUAUCCGGGACGGAGCGAUCCGACGAGAGGAUCUCCAUAUCCAAACCAAAUUCACAUCCAUCCAUGGGCAAAACCCCGAUGAGAUGCCCUAUGAUCCCAAUUCCUCGGUGACGGAACAAGUCCACGCUUCUAUCAAAUCAUCCCUAGAGCAUCUUCGUGCAUCUGACGCCCCGGAAAGCGUCAACGAAGCGUAUAUCGAUAUGCUGGUCCUUCACUCCCCACUUCCGACAAUGUCUCAGACAUUGGAGGCCUGGUCCACGUUUGAGACUUACGUCCCUCAUCGAAUCCGAAACUUAGGCAUAUCCAAUUGCACCUUGCCUCAGCUUAGGGAACUAUCCGCACUGGUCAAAGUGAAACCAGCGGUUGUCCAGAAUCGCUUUUAUGGGGGCACGCAAUUCGAUGUUCCGUUGCGCUCAUAUUGCCGGGAUAACGACAUUAUUUACCAGAGUUUCUGGACACUGACAGCGAAUCCAGAGUUAGUUCAAUCGGAUGCAAUCCAAUUGUUAGCAAGUCGCACAGAAAUCAGCCCCGCCGCCGCUCUAUAUUGCCUCGUUUUAGCCCUGGGGAACACCACUUUAUUGAACGGGACGAGUAAUCGGGGCCGCAUGGAAGCGGAUUUAGCUGCUCCCGCAAGGGUAGAGAGGUUCUCCCAAGAACACCCGGAAGUAUGGCAGAGGGUGCUUGAGAACUUCCAGCAACUGACUGGGGAUCGGGUCGCACUCUAA